UGCCUGCGUGUCAACAGGGUUUUCAAGGUGAAACUUUUCUUCGAGCAUCCUCUGGUUUGCUUGUUGUCCAGAAAAGCUGAAAAGACUUGUGCAGCCCAGCCAGAAGACACUAAAUUGUCGUGGAAAUUAGACAACACUCACAGACUCGUCCUCUGAAGAAUUUCCGGCAACAUGGAAGCAGUGGUGGCAGACGUCGUAGCUCCUGAAGAUUUAAAGAGGUUUGAGAAAAAAUACAACUUGGAACUGGCGAAGGGGGCUGUGUCCAAAGACACCAAGUUUGAGUAUGCUUGGUGUUUAAUCAGAAGUAAAUAUACGAACGACAUAAAGACAGGCAUUCAGCUAUUGGAGGAGCUGGUACAGAAGACCACAAAGGAUGACCAGAGAGACUUUCUGUUUUAUCUGGCUGUUGCAAACUACAGACUUAAAGACUAUGAGAAAGCUUUAAAGUAUGUUCGCAUUCUGCUUAAGAAUGAACCUGGAAAUAACCAGGCCCUUGAGUUGGAAAAGCUCAUCAAACAGGCACUAAGGAAAGAUGGCCUGGUUGGCAUGGCUAUUGUUGGAGGCAUCGGCUUGGGUGUGGCAGGAUUAGCAGGACUAGUUGGAUUGGCUGUGGCCAAAUCUGGAAAAUCCUAACAAGGAAGUGGAGUUUUAUAGCUUCAAUGGAACAAGAUUGGUUAAUUAAACAUUUGAGAGUGGUUUAUCAUUAUUAAACACCAGGAAGUGGACUGACUAAUAUAUCUUAUGUUUUCUUUUCCGUUUUUUUUUUUUUUUCUUUUCUUUUCUUUUUUACUUGCACAAAAUAAUCACAGCAUCACUUUUACAAAGCAGCCUCAUAUAGUAUCUUUUUGUGUGUGUAUAUUAAACUCUUUAGGUGAAAUAUCUACGUAAGUAUUUCCUUUCACAUAUGUUUAAAAAACAAAGGUAUAACACCAGUAUAACUUGUUAGCAGGUUCUAAUCAUAACUCGAGUUAUUACGAUGUAACACCAUAACUUCAUAUUUAUAAAUUUGGCAUAUGCUAUGUGCAAUACAGUAAUAUGUUUCCA